CUGAACGCCUUCACUAUGCAGGGCUUUUUAUUUGUUGGUGACACCUCUUUGACAUGUGUCACUGUCCUACAGCGACGGACUGGAUGCACGGAGCUGAAAAUCACUCACACGGACGGACGACUGACUGAUGGUCAACAGCCAGAGGGGCCUCGCUAUCUCAAGUGGACCCACACCCUGUGCCAAUAUAAACUGCCAGCUGCUGCCCUCUCCCCGCGCCCUGCCGGCCGGCACGUCGUCUGCUGUGCACUCCUGGGACCUGACCAUCCCCACAGACAGGCAUCAGUGCCGGAGCUCCCACUGCCUCCAGGACCCACUGCACCUGCUGCAGAAGGAGGACAGGCCCCCGGAGCUUGCACGCAGCUGAGGAGGUCAGGCAAGAUGGACCCUGUGCCCCCGUGCUGCCAUGACGGCAGUUCUGAUGUGUCUAUAAUUACUGGGAUCCAGAAAGAAGAGAAAGAGGCUGUGGAGAAACGCAGCCAGCAGGUGCUGAUGGCUCUGAAGAAUCUGGAUAUCAAGGCCAAUAAGGCCCCGGUGGUGACAGUGCUCUGCUCCGGCGGGGGGCUACGGGCCCACAUCGCCUGCCUGGGGGUCCUAAGUGAGCUGAAAGAACAAGGCCUGUUGGACGCCGUCACGUACCUAGCAGGGGUCUCAGGGUCCACCUGGGCGAUGGCUUCCUUCUAUGAUUGCGAAGGAGACACCAAGAAAGCCGAGGACGACCUGAAAUGCCGAUUUGAGCAGAAUGGCUGGGACAUGAUUGACCAGAGCCUGGAGAAAGUCUUCCAAGCAGCCACAGGGGAGAGUUACUCCCUGACCGACUUCUGGGCCUACAUCGUGGUCGCCCGACAGACCCGAGAACUGCAGGAAUCUCCUCUGUCCAGCAUGAAGCAGCCCGUGGACACAGGGGCACUACCCUACCCAAUAUUUGCGGCCAUUGAUGGUGACCUUGAAGCCUCCUGGAAGGAAAAAAAAACCCAGGAGACCUGGUUUGAGUUCACACCCCACCACGUUGGCUACCCUGCCCUCGGGGCCUACAUCCCUGCCACCCACCUUGGGAGCAGAUUUGAGAAUGGGAAACUGGUGGAACUGAAACCUGAACGAGAUCUUGCCUUCCUGAAAGGUCUAUGGGGAAGCGCUCUAGCCAGCCUGGAGCUCAUCAAAGGCUACAUCUGGGGAUACUUAUGUAAUCUGAAGACACAGCUGGGAGAGAAGCCUCGCCUCAGAGAAGGUGAAAGAGCCAAAUACAUCGGUGUGGCCAGGAUGAUGCAAGAGGGGCUGGAGACGUGCACCGAGGAGAGCGCCGUCCAGUGGCAGGAGGAGCUGUCUGCCUACAGUGAGGAGGGCGCCACCCAGUGGCAGGAGGAGCUGUCUGCCUACAGUGAGGUGAACACCGUGGUGUGGCAGGAGAUGUCCAUGCACAUUGAGGAGGGCUCCACCACGUGGCAGGAGGAGCUGUCGAUAUGCAGGCAGCUGUCCAUCAGAGAUCCGUUCAACUGCCUGAUCAAUUUCGUGUAUAAAACUGGAUUGUGCCUUUUCAAGUGGGAAUGGGGAACCAUCCAUAACUUCCUGUACAGAUACGAUACGAUACCCUACAAGACCCUAUGCGACCGGCAGUUCCUGCACCUGGUGGACGCGGGCUUUGCCAUCAACAGCCCCUACCCGCUCGUGCUGCCCCCCGCCCGGGACGCUGACCUCAUCAUCUCCUUCGACUUCAGCUCCGGAGACCCGUUUGAGACCCUCCGAGCCACAGCUGCGUACUGCCAGCACAACAGUAUCCACUUCCCCCCGGUGGACGAGGCCAAGCUGCAGGAGUGGGCUCAAGACCCCCACAGCUGCUACAUCCUGCAAGGGGACAAGGGGCCCGUCGUGAUGCACAUUCCGCUAUUCAACCUGGACAACUGUGGAACUGAGAUGCAGGACUGUAUCAACACCUAUGGCACCAUCAAGCUGUCCGAUACCUACUCCCUGGAGCUGAUUACAAAACUCCUGGAGCUGUCCAAGCAGAACGUCAGGUUAAACAAAGACAACAUCCUCAAGGAGAUGCGAAAGGCGGCCAGUGCUGUGAGCUGCAAGGCGUCCCACGCGGAGCACGGCAGAGGCUGCCAGGCCAUGCACAUCUAGCGAUCAACACAGGUGGGAUGGUCACGGCUCCCAUGCAGUGGAGCCGACGACGCAUCUGCAGGAAGCGACGAAUGGCGCCAAGCACGCAGGAUGCAACUUUCUAGUCUAUCUUCAGACUCCUUAUUGGCCGUGCUGUCCCAUAGCAUUUAUGAUUAGCGUUUGCUGGACUCACAGUUCCUGCUGCGGCCAGCGGCACCUCUUGAGCUGCCUCUGGCUUCUCCGUAACUCUCUGAUCAAACGCUUGCUGCCCGCUCUGCCCAUCUGCUUUCCUGGUCUGGACGGGGCAUCAGCCAGUCUCGGUGGAACCCUGGCUUGUUUCACUGGGGGUUUUACAGGUCGAAAUCUGGACAGCAGGGCUUGUUAAGGUUGCUUAAUGUCUGCUUGUUGACAAAGCUAGAAAAUACAUAAACACAUGUUUCCAAUCGC